AUGAAAUUCUCUGUUUUAUCAUCUGCUGCUUUAUUUUUAGCCUUUUCCAAAUUUAUUUCCUGUGAUUCCGAACAAUUUGGUUUGGUUUCAAUUAGGUCUGGCACAUCUUUACAAUACGCCUCAGUAUAUGUUUCGAAUGGUAAAUUGUAUCUUGGCUCCUCAUCUGCCAGCUUAUCAGGUACAAUUACUGAUGACGGGUUGUUAUUGUUAAGUGAUAGUCAUUACGCAACCUUUGCUGCCGAUGGUUCUUUAGUUGAAACUACUGAUGCUUCUGAGGCUGAUAAAUUUUUUUCCAUUUCUGACGGCUACUUAGCUUAUUCUGGUAUUGAUGGUUUUAACGCUAUACCAGAAGGGAGCGCCUAUUAUCUAGCUACAUCUACUACCAACGGUACUAGUUCUGGCGUUAUUCCUAUUGCUUUGAAAGCUAUAGGCAGCAACGGUCAAUCUGUACCUGACUUUACCCCAGCUGGAAAGAGCAAUACUACCAGUACUGCCACUGAAACCAGCAGUCAAGAGACUUCCUCCUCAACCAUCAGCACCGCACCAAUAUAUCCCAACGGUACUGCAACAACCACUAAAUCUGAUGAAAGCACUACUGUUAUAACUACUACUACUUGUUCGGGCCACUCCGACUGUACCGUUAUUACAUCUACACCAGGUGUUUCUUCUAAUGGAGAAAACGGUGCUGCUGUUAACGGUGCCAGUUUCGGUGCUGGUGUUUUAGCCAUUGCUGCUUUAUUGAUUUAG